UUGCCGCGCGGUUGGUUCACCUCGAGUUCCGCAUCACCUUUCCGCCACUUUCUUCCCGGAAGCCUCAAGCAGCGGCGUCAUCUGGUCUUUCAUUCACCCCCUCCGUUCGGAUUCGAAGCAUCUGUCGGGGGAUGCACGGCGAAACUCUCGACCUUCCGCGUACCCGAUUUCGGCCGUUCGUCGAGCGCUAGACGCGAGUGUCCGCGACCCAUCAGCCUAACUGAAAAAACAUCUCCCAUAUUAACUAAAGCGUGGGAAAACAGUUGCUUUGAAUAAGAAAGUUGUUUGUCGGAAACUAGGGUCCACUGGUGGAAACGAUGUCGUGCUCCAUUCGAGAUCAACCAGUCUGGACGCGCGUCCGCGUCCCGGCACAAGACUUCGCUCCUCACUCAACGACCGCAACCUACGUUGCUCCGUCGACUUCGUUCGCGAAGUUCACGCAGGACGGCAACUUUUCUGCUCCAGUUGGCGGCUGGCUUCCAGUUUCCCACAGUGCACCGGAGCCCCAACUCUGGCGUCGCGUCCUCCGCAUGAUUGUUGGGCAUGACGCUGCACCUCCAGACACCGAGACGGUCGGAGGAUGGGGAUUUGAAUUUCUCGGAUGGAAGGUGAACUUUUGUGGACACCAGCGGCGCAUCCACGCGCCCAAGAAGCACCAAGAACAGCCUUCUUUAGUCUUCCCGUACUCCGAAUCGAUCUACCACCCGGCAACGGCUUCUGGCCUGGUUCCCUGUUUGGACGAUAGGGGCGAGGGUUUUGCUUCGCCUUUCUCUCGCGUGGACAAACAUCCACAACACGGGGAAUCUUUUUAUCCUCUCAAAUACGCACCUCACGUGCGACAGCCAGCACGCGAGGGCUCUUGGGAACUUCUGGAAAAUUCGUCUUCUCCGCGCCUUCUGCUCCGGUCCAUCGACCCUGCUGAUGUCUGCAAGGACUCCGUCGCCUCCUGUCAGUCCACUGUAUCUGCCGACGACAUCGAUAGUGCAGUCUUCCCCAGCAACCUGGAUCACUAUGUGCGUUAAAAGGAUUUGCAUGCACAUAGACCAGGGCGAGAGCGAAGAGAGGAACCAAAGGGGCCAGAGAAGCGAACACGCAGAGCGGCACGCGAGAGGCUCCUCGUAGGGCACCUCGCCGGCGCAGGGAAAGGAGAGAAAAGACAAGGGGGAAGACCGGGGUCAGAUCUGGCAAAGGAAGGAAAGGAGAAAGGAAUUUUCAGGGUGAGAAGCAGUAGUUUUUAGGAUAAAGAAGGCAUGAGGGUGUGCGAAGCAUGUGAAGAGUCAUGGGGGAAGGAGAGGGGCAGCUGUGUAGGUCAAGAAAUGAAAGUGAGAGAAACGCGAAAUAAAGCAAGGUCAGCUAGAGACAUGUGAGCAGGCAGAGAACGAAGUAAGCGAUAGGAAGAGAGCAGAAAGUCUUGUUUCCGUCUGAGGUUGCGGAGACAAAACCAUGACACAAAGUGCUGUUUCCUUUGUGCAGCUUCAUAGAGAAAUAUAAAUAGCGUGUCUCUAUACCCCUUCAUCUGUUGCCCCAGCUGUGAGAAUGCAGUUGUGUUUUGUUUCGUCAAAAUGCAUGUUGUUCUAGAGAAAGAACCGUGAACGUUUAUGCUCACUUUCUCUUUUCUCGAAUGCAGAGUGAACCACGCGUGCGCUGCGUUGUAUCAUCAACUCGGUUCCGGUGUAGUGACACCGGCGCCAGACCGACGAGGUCUGAGAGCCGUUGCGAUUUCGUCGUUAAGGCAAGGCUCAACAGAUUAGUUACACCAUUAAAUGGACUGCACUGAGUAGCCGAGUUCAAUAAAAGUGACUACUCAAAGUCUUUCUCAUUCCUUUUUCAGGGAAACAUCCUUUCUAUCAAAUGCUUUUCUUUUGUAGGUUUCUCCACGUUUGAAACAUUUCUCAGUUUUAUAAGAGUUUCCAUAUAUCUCGAAUUUUCCACUAUUUAUCUAGUCGAUAGAAAAAGAAAAAGUGACAAGGUCGAAGACAGCUCCUAGAAAUCUCGGCAUCAAGGAAGCCUCUCAGCAGACAGCAUUGUUGCUCUAACUCA